AUGGCUCCCAGACGUGACCCCAAGAACGUACAGGCUUGGUUGAUUGGAAGCGGCGUCGCAUCGCUCGCGGCUGCUGUACAUUUGGUCAAGCAAGCCAAAGUCCCGGCAGAUCAAGUCCACAUUCUCGACGUCCACCAUGCUUCCGGUGGAGCAAUGGAGGUUUCUGGUAAUUCCAAGGAUGGAUAUAUUUACCAUACGGGUGCACAGCCGUAUUUCCAAGAGGAGUGUGUCAAAAACCUCCUCACGAUGGUACCCGAUCCAGGACACCCAGAAAAAACUCUGUGGGAAGCCAUAAAGGAGCAUGAGCAGUACACAAGGCCGAUGAAUAAAGCCCACACACGUGCGAUCACACAAAACGAGGAGGGACUGCGUAGAGUCGACACGCAUAAACUCCCGAUCGGCGCAAAGCUCCGUAUGGAUCUUAUCAGGUUUAUACUGGAGAAUGAAAUGAUUUUUGAUUCAAAGAAGAUUAGUGAUGUGUUUGACACCACAUUCUUCGAGUCAGGCUUUUGGACUCUGUGGUCAACCACUUUUCUGCUCCAGAAGUGGCAUAGCGCAGUUGAAUUCCAUAGGCUUCUCACCAAAUGGCUACCCGAAAUGCACACUCAUAAUGAUGUGCGAGAGCUGGAAAGAACACCCUUCAAUUUUUACGAGUCCUUAAUUACUCCCAUAACUACAUACUUAAGGGAGCAAGGGGUCGAUUUUCGAUUCAACGUCAUGGUCACUGACCUGAAAUCAUACCCGUCCAGUGACCCAACAACCAUAUCAGAAAUUGUAUUACAGGAAAACGGACACGAAUUGCUUAUCACCGUGGAUCCUAUCGACAUUGUCAUUGUGACGUUAGGUUCGGUGGCUUCGGGUAUGCAGACGGGAUCUAACUCGGAAUCUCCGCCCCCACCUUCUCUGUCUCCGGACAGCUUGAAACAUGGAGAGUGGUCGCUCUGGCAGAAACUUGAGAAGCAGUCUUCCAAGUUUGGUAAUCCUUCAAAUUUUUCCAGCCGGUUGAGCGAGUCACUGAUUGAGACUUUUACUAUCACUUUGCGCGAUUCUGACUUCAUGAAAUAUUACUCCAAGCUGACCGGGGAUAAACCGGGUACAGGUGCCUUGCUCACCGUGAUGGAGAGUCCUUGGGGUCUAAAUAUCAGUGUCCCUCAUCAGCCAGUAUUCGCAACGCAGCCCAAAAUUGUCCAUGUGAUCUGGGGAUACGCUUUACAUCCGGAAAGAAAAGGGAAAUACAUCGAAAAGUCAAUGGUGUCAUGCUCUGGUAAAGAGAUUUUCUGUGAGAUUGUUUCUCAUUUAGGCUUUCCUACUGAUCCACUACUUUCGUCGUCAAUCACUAUUCCUUGCAUCAUGCCGUUAGGGACAUCUAUGCUAUUGUCUCGCUCGCAUCAUGACCGACCAAAUGUGAUCCCUCAUGAAACCACAAAUUUAGGUCUUAUAGGCCAAUACGUUGAAAUACAUGGUGAUGCAGCCUGCAGCUUGGAGUACAGCGUCCGAGGAGCGCAGAUGGCAGUGUUCAACUUGAUGGGGCUGCCUCACGGGCCUCCAAAGGUUGGGAAAAACAAAAUUUUGGAGGUGUUCGAGUUGUUGUUGUGA